AGGUAUGAGCUCAAGCUAAAUAACUAUGCUGAAAAUCUGUCCAUCAAAGCAGAUAUCUGUGAACAUAAGGAAACAUUUAAUAAACUAAAACUAGAAGAUGGAGAGAAUGAUUUAGAAGAACUUAUUUCUCGGAUAAGUUGUAAAGAAGACAAUUAUAUGAAUUCCAGUAUACAGGUUUUAUUAGAGAACAGUCAAUCAGAUUCACGGAGUCCAAUAAAGUCUAAUCUCCAAAUAUGUGAAGAAAUGAAAGAAAAAUUGGUAACAGCUACAGAAUGUAUAGAAAAUGGUUUUGGGGGUUCCAAAGAAAUUAUCCAAGAAAAAGAAUUUAGGGAAAUUAAUGAAGAAGGUAAAGUUCAGUCUAUCUGUUUAGAGGAUGCCCUGAUAGAAUCACCAUUAUUUGUCACAGAAAGCAUGGAUAUACAAAGUUACACAAAAACACAACUGUGUAAUUUUGACCAUAUUCACUCUUUUGCAAUGCCAUCACUUAAAACUAUAAAGUUACUUUUGAGAGAUACAGAGGAAAAGUUCUUAUUAAAGAAAUUUUGGCAGCAAGAGAAAUACCAUGAUGAAGAUGCAUGUAUUCGACUUCAGGUUCCAGAUGUAUCAAAUGGCAAGUUGAAUGUCUAUAAUGCGAUGAUGGAAAUGAAGACGAGCAUACAAAUAACCAAAGAAACAAACUUAGGAGCAGCUGAAUUAAAAUUGUCAUGGGAUCCUUUUCCCAAAAAUGUAUGUUGCACCAGUACAUUUGAUGGGGACAAGCUGACAUUAAAUCCAAGAAAAACAAGCAUGAUUCCAGUGAAGUCCAUGGAAGAUUAUAAAGAAAAAAACAAUGUAAGACAAGACACUACAGAUGAAGACUACUUGAACACAAUGCAGUUAUUGACUUCACCUAUUUUCUGUCAAGGACAGUAUUCUGAGAACUUUGAUUCAACUUCGAAAGAAGCACUUAAUACAAAAGUAACAUCAGUUGGUGUGCAUCACCCAGUAGCAGAAUCAAAUGUUUGUUCUACAAUUUUACAGCCAUUGGUCACACAGAUACAACCCUUAUAUUCUGGAACAUCACCUCAAGUACAAUACUCAUCAUUGAAAAAUACUUGUACAGUAGAGAAAGUAUUGACUACAGUUAGAAAUAGCAUAGCACCUGUUACGAUUCCACCUUUAAUUCCUAAUUCAUCCAGUCAAAAACUGUCAUCAUUAGUCAGACACACGUCAUCAUCAUCAUCAGCAUCAACAACUUCAUCUUUAAUCAACACACACUCUGCAUCAUUAAAGGUUGCAAGAACACCAUUGAUAUCCACACCAGCAUUAGAACCCAUCAAUACAAUUGUACAGCUGGGAGAUCCAAUAACCUCCACAUCACAGCUUUUAUCUCCCAUUGAAGUACCAACAAACAACUCACCAUCUGUAUCUACAUGUACAUUGUAUACCAUACCAACAUCAUUUACUAUUAAUACAUUAGAAAAUAAUAUCAAACCAUUGGCUAUAAAUGAAAAUGGUAACACAAAGUCAAUAGGCAACACAGUUUCAAAGUCCAUUUCUGGAACACUUCCUGUAAAAAAUAGUAACACACUACCAGUCCUGCCAGAAAUGUUUAACCCAUCGUUUAUUCCAGGUACUGUCUAAAUUUUAACAGAAAUCAUUUUUUAUGCAACUACAGUGUUUUACCGUCAUCCUUGUCCCUUGGUUGUUCAUCACAGUGGGCUGUAGUAGCCUGAAUGGUAACGGAACUAGAUUCACAACAAGACUGUCAUGAGUUUGUAUCCUGGCAUAUGCAGAGGAGAACCUCCAGGAGUUUUCAAGUCUGACUUUAACCUCUCAGAGAUCGUGCUUACGCGACUGGCGUGCGUGUGAAAGAAACCUACAUUGCAUUGCACACAUAACCACAGAAAAUAUAAUUACCAUAGGUUUCUCCUAAAAUGACUGUUUUUGUAAACUCUCUACAGGUCAGAAUUUUGUUCAAACUAUCUUGGAAUGUUUGGCAAAACAUAAGGAGGAGCUUUAUUGUAAUUCAGAGAUGUAAACAAUCUACCGGUACAUGAUAGAGAUUUUUUUACAUUGUUUAUCAAACUUGGCCUAGCUUUAAAAAUGAACUAGGAAUCCUAUCGAAUUUCAGAGCCAUGGAUCAAUUUUAAGCUCUGCAGU